ACAGAUAGAUUUGUAUCGGGGAGGGCACUCAGGCUCUUCAGUAUCGAGGCUUAAAUGAAAUAUGUUGCUGAAUUUGUUGAAGAUUCGAAACGAUUACUUUCUUUUCCCCUUUUGCUGGGAAUUCCCUUUCUACUUUUGCUAAAGUCAACACAAGUUAAUUAUUUGACUUCGUAAUCGGUUAAGUAAGCUUCUAUUCAAAAGCUACGGGUUGCGAAGUUGCAGUGAAAAAGUAUAACGAAAUUAUUUGUGCUGAUAUUAACAUUACCGUGAACUUCAUUACACCAUCAAAGCUGUAGCUUCAUAAUACUGUUCUGCUUACGAGGUUAGAAAGUGAUUUCGAGGCUAACAUAAUUGCGAGGAUCAGCGGCUUCCGAUUAUUCCCCACCUGUAGUGAGUGCGCAACGAUCAAUGAUCAUUUCAUUCCGCAAAGAAACUUACAAACCCAGUGCCGUACAAUGAAUAUAAGUACCUUCUAAACUGACCCCCCAAUUAUCUCGAACAACAAGUCAAAAAACGCAAAACAUUCAGCAGAGGCUCUGAUCUUUUACCCCUAUGUCAAGGGCAUGAAAUAUUCACACGGUGAAAUUGCCUAUGGUGAAGGACACAGGCCUUUUGUUGUGCCUCUUUACAGUGAAACAAAAUUUUUUUAGCUUUUAUUGAUAUCAGCGAUUUAGUUUAGGUUGAAUUUAUUGGUUUUCGAUUGGUAAUAUUUUUUACACGUUUUUUGGAUAUUGGUAUGGAAAUCGAUGGCUGAAUUAGGACGUUUUCAAAUGACAUGACGUUGAAAUAUGAAGAGGAGAAAGACUUACUCACAAAAAAAACUUGUAAUGCAGAUGCUGAUUUUCAUAUUACUGGCGUGGUUUUCAUGUCCUGUGAAUGCUGCUCAAAAACAGAAACGCCCAAAUAUAGUUUUUAUAGCAGUCGAUGACCUAGGUUGGGAUGAUGUUGGAUUCCACGGAUCGCCUCAGAUACCAACACCAAAUAUCGAUACACUCGCAAAAAGCGGAGUUAUUCUAAACAGUUAUUAUGUGUCACCGUCAUCUUAUGCUACAAAAGCAGAAUUUAUGACCGGGAAAUAUGCCACAAAAUUAGGCGUUCAACAUGGAGUUCUUCAUAACAUGCAGCCCGCUGGACUUCCAUUGGCAGAAAAAAUUUUACCCCAGUAUUUACGGGAUGUUGGCUACAGAUGCCAUGCAGUUGGCAAGUGGGCGCUGGGUUUCUACGCCAAGGACUACACGCCAACGUACCGAGGAUUCGAAACAUUCUACGGCAUGUGGAGCUCCUCCGGCGCAGAUUAUUUCACCCAUUCUGCUUUGGACUCUGCUUAUGGCCUCGAUCUUAGGCGGAACCUAGAGGUUGUGCGAAAUGAAACUGGACAUUACAGUACAGAGUUAUUCACAAAAGAAGCAGUUAAUGUAAUCAAACGUCACGAUGGGUACCAGCCCUUGUUUCUGUAUGUCUCACAUCAAGGUGUUCAUGCUGGAAACCCAGAUGACCCUCUGCAAGUCCCCGACAGAUAUACAAAGAAGCUGAAAUACAUCAGAAGUGAAAGUAGGCGAAAAUAUGCAGGUAUGGUCGCUGCUUUGGAUGAGUCAGUACUGAAUAUUACCAUCGCCCUUGAGGAAAAGAAACUCAUAAAUGACACUAUCAUUAUUUUUACAACUGACAACGGAGGAGCAGCUGGUCACAUGGAACUGAAUGUUGCCUCCAAUUAUCCACUGAAAGGAGGCAAAUUCACUGUAUGGGAAGGAGGCAUCAGGGCCAUUGGGUUCGUCUACAGUGACCAUCUUGCUAGUUCAGGUCGUGUUAGCACAGACUUGAUGCACUCAACAGAUUGGCUACCAACACUUCUGCGAGUAGCUGGUAUUGACAAAUCAGUUACAGGAAAGAUAGAUGGUAUCGACAUGUGGGAUAUGAUAUCUGAUGGCUACGGCUCGAAGCGUUUUGAGAUCUUUCAUAACUUUGAUCCACUUCAAAGCAACCAAGCUGCUCUUCGUGUUGGUGACUACAAACUGAUCGUUAACCAAGAUGUUGGGUAUUUUGGUGACUGGUAUCCAAGACCCGCUGAGGUUGGAGAGCUGGAUAACCUAACAUCCUCAAACGCUCCUGUGCUGGCCGUUCUAACUUGUGAUCUUCGGUACUCACAUCCAUAUCUUCUUAUGCAUGCGCCUCCGUGCAAUCCAAUGAAAAGGCCUUGUCUUUUCAAUAUCAAGUGGGAUCCAUGUGAAUAUCACAAUUUGGCUGACUACAUGCCUAAAACAAUGCGAGUCUUACUCGACAGGCUUGUGUUUCACCGGACAUUGGUUGUCCGUCCAUACUACCCUGCCUAUGACGUCAAAGGAGAUCCAGAGCACCAUGAUGGUAUUUGGGGAUUCUGGAGAAAUGCUACAUUGGAGUCACUGGUUCCAAUGAUGAAAGAAAAACGGCCUAAGAUGAUUGGAAACAAGACGUUGGCAAGGCCAAAUCAUGUUUUGCCAGUUAAGCAUUCUCCCUAUUCCAGUACAAGAGCGACUAUCAGUCUCUCCCCUGAAACACUGAGUAUUACAGCUGCCGAUGAUCGUAACACGGUAAUAGAAAACAAAGUUACUAGGAGUAAACAACCAACCAUUCCGGAUGAAAAGAAUGUUAAAGAGGUCUUCGAUGUCGUUAGUGACUCAGGCGAUAUUGUAAACAUGGCUGUACAAAAUAGAAAUACAACAAGAGUUAUAAAUAAAGACUAUUUCCAUAUGAAUGACCAUAUUAUAAACAGCAAGUCGUCAACAAAACUCGCUGAGGCAGGUCAGACAAAUGUGAUAGAAGUUAAAUCAAACGAUACUGCUCCUAGCCCAUACCAAAGUAUUGUUGCCACAGACAACAGUCAGACCUUACGCAAUAAGACCUCUUCUUCAACUACUAUUGAAGAGGAUUAUCUUACUCAGUCUCACAUUCAAGAUGAGACGCAAGGAACAAAGGAGACUUUCGUUUAUUCAUCAGGACCGGCACCCACCCAACCACAACAGCAACAGUCAUACGUUGGGACCUACAUGCAACCUACCAUUUCACCAGUAACAGAGAACAUGACAAUCACAGGCAUGCCUGAAAACACAAGUGACGCAAACGGAAUUGGCAAGACAGCAAUGCCAGACCCAGAUCCACGCUUUGCAUCAGCAACAGGGAGCAUAAAAAUUUCUGGAGACCCAAGCAAAAGUAACGGUUAUAUUUUGAGUAAAGCGACGGCACAUGGAAAAUCAUUAACGCAUCUCAAUGUCUUGGAUGGUGCAAAGCAAACAUCAACCGUUAAAUAUGAGCCAAAUGAAUCUGAAGGAAAAGGCUCUACUGGCAAGAAUCUAAAUACCAAACCGUCUGCAACCGGCUCUUCAGCUUCUCCAUUCACAGAAUCAGGUCUGUCAUUCUUACCACGUCCGUCUACCAACACAUUAACUUCAUCUUUCAAGCCUUUUUCAUCGUCAGGUACAAACACAGCUGAACAAUUAUACAAGAACCCUUCUAGCUCUGGUGCUCCAGCUGCAGCUACAUCGCCAGCAGUAGCAGCUCCUCCUCCUCUUCCACCACAAACCCCUCCACCUCCACCUCCUCCCCCACCACCUCCUCCUCCACCUCCACCUCCUCCUCCACCUCCUCCACCUCCUCCACCGCNCACCACCACCACCACCACCACCUCCGCCACCACCACCUCCUCCACCACCUGCAUCAUUACCUCAAGCACCACCAUCGCUACCUCCACCACCUCCCCCUCCUCCGCCACCUCCUCCACCACCACCACCUCCUCCGCCACCACCUCCUCCUCCUCCUCCACCACCACCACCACCUGCUCCGCUACCUCAACAGCCUAUAGCUCAAUCGCCACCACAAACCCAACCAAUUCAGCCUCCCCUUCAACCACCACCUCCUCCACCGCCACCUCAGAAACAGCUACCACCACCUCCACCCCCUCCAUCUCCUGCAGCUGCAGCUGCUUCUCCUGCACAAACCACUGCACCUGCCCUUUCACCUUCUUCUCAGCUGCAAUCAUUUCCUCUACGUCCUGCUGUCCCUGUGGCACAGUUCAGACCAGCUUCAAAGCCAGCACAGGCAUCCAAACCGGCUGUGCCAAAACCAAAGGAACAGCCAGUACAGACAGUCACGGUGAACCAAAUGACGAGACAGAAAAGGCAAAAAAGCUGCCUAAGCCUGCCCCAUUGAACAAUCCUCAAGUGUUUGCAGCUCUCAAUAAUGAUGCAAAUGCUGAUGGUAAACCAAAGGAAAACGGAAUCUUUCAAGACCUAACCAUGUUAACCAACGUUAAUACCAUCCCUGGGAACGUUAAGCCUGGACAAAAAAUUAAUAACCCUAUUGUUGCACCGCAAUUCAAUAAACCAAAGAAGCCUGUUUAUCAGAUGGCACCAAAGGUUCCUGGAGGCCAAGCUGCACCAACGGGCGGAAAGAGCUCAAAAUCUGGCUCUGGAUCAAAAUCAGGGUCCACUACCGAAAGCGAGACUUCUGUCGGAAGCAUGGGAGAGACAGGAACAAAAAUUGGCGGAAUCAACGAAAUCCUUUCUGCCGAGGCACCAGAUGUCAAAACUAUAAACCCUGGACCAGACCUUGCCUUCUUGGAUGCACCAACGACAAAAUCAGCAAAAGAUGAAACUGUCAAAAAUUUCAAAUCUGAUUCACUUGGAGAUUUUGAGUUUAGCUUAAAUCAUAAGGAUGUUCACAAUGAUUUGCCUGAGAGUGAAAUAGCUGGCUCUCGACCAUAUCAAACUGUAUCAGACCUAAUCAGUGACACAGGAAAGUCAGCUGAAUGCCCUGAUGGACGCAAUUGUAUCCAUAAGGACGAGCAAGAUGGAACGAAGGAUACAACAGAUGCUGCAGCUACUGUCGAAGCCACUAAGCAGAAAUCCCCCGGAAACGAAACUACAGUGAAGGCAAAAAAUAUGAUCACAGAUUGUAAGUUAAGAGGGGAUUGUAAGACAGAAGCAACUAGCAAAGAUGUAGAGAAAGCAAAAGGUGGAAAUCUCGCGCAGACAGCAAAGGAAGAAGGCCUUGCAAACGGAGAUCAGUUUAAACAGCUGGAUGAAGCAGAGAUCCAAAAGCUUUCUGCAAAAGAGAGGCUCCAUAAGUUCUUUGGUAGUAUCACUGUCGAUAAGAAUGUGUAUAAUGUCGUCGGAACAGCGGAAAUGGCAAGUGUAAAGACAAAGAGCAAACCAGAACCAAGCAAAACAGAAAAGCUGGUGGUAGACACGGAUGUUCGCAAGCAUAACAUCGGUUUCAACGUGUUGUUGCCAUCUCGUGUUAUCAAGCACUUUGCUGCUCCACGAUUUAAGGAGCAUUCAAAGCUGCUAGGUCCAAAAGGCAAAAAGACACAGGUUGCUAGUGGAGAGAAUAGUAUGAAAGUUCACGGUGGUAUAAAGAAAAUUACUGAUGCUAUCUCAAGUGCGAACAAAAGGAAAUUUGUGGCAUCGUUGCAAGAACCUCAUGUCGUCAUAAACAAAGCAAGCAUAGCAACAGUCGCAAAAGGAGAGAGUGGUGACAUUGGUGCUACCAAACCACUUCAAGGGCUUUUAUUGGAAGCGAAAGCAGCAAAGAAGACACAAGGAGAUCUUGGAGCAUCUGCACCUGGCAACACGGCACUUGGAACUGAUGCCAGUCACGAGGCAUCUGCCAGUAACACAGCAUCGAGUGCCGGUAACAAACCAAUACAAAACAACCUUGGCUCUAUUGUCACUUUGGUUGGAAAAGUGAAGGCAGAUCGUCUGAAUGGGAAGAAGCAUGCAAAAGCACAAUCGGAUAAGGCAAGCAAAGAUAGUAAUAGUACGAUAGCUGAUGGCCAUAAGAAAGAAGGAGUUAAGCAAAGGCCGGAUGUCAAGCACUUGAAACACAACUCAAGCGAAACAAACGCAGCUAACAUUGCGGAGACUGGGCCUAGUAAUUCUAUCAUCGUAUCAUCUGUAAUAGUUGUUAUAAUUGCGUCUUUCGUUGUUGUUGGCAUGGCAGUCGUUGCUAUAGUUUCAGUUGUUGCAAGAUAUUGUAGAUUAGGAAGAAGACUGGACGCUAGUUAAGACACUCUUACGUAGACAUUAGAUGCUGGGCAGAUGCCUCCAUGAUUUGUAUAAGUUGUCCAAUAAUAUCACAUGUUUGUAUCUCCUAAAUUUUAACUUACAUCGGAACAAUUUGAUAAGUUUGCACCUGGAACUCUCAGAUCAAAAAGUAAGAAAUUCCUGAUUUUCCAAAGAAUCCCUUUUUGUCAGUCGCAAAUCUCGAAAAUGGAGAGCAAGAAAUCUUUCGUGAAACUGAUUUUAGCUUAAGUUUCGAAACUGCUUUUUAUUUCAGAUUGUCUUAUUAUAUAUAGAGUUAUAUAACAUAACUUUGCCCUACAGAAGAAAUAAAUAGAAUAAAUGAGGAAUGAGUGAAGUAUGAGAAUUUAUGAGUGAGGUUUUAACGAUGCAUUUAUGUAAGAAUGAGUGAGGUUUUAAUGAUGCAUUGACCACAAUCAACAAGCUCUCGCAAGUAAAAAUGUACAAAAAAUUGAAAGCAGGUCACCCCUCCCCCCUCAGCUGGGUUGAAUGUAUUCACAGACUUGGUCCCUAGAAAUCUACUCCUUGGAUGGGUCUUUUCAUCUUUUCCUCUUUGAUAUUGUGUAUAGAAGUGAUUUUCCAUUUAAGAAAUAUAUCAAAACUUAAUAGGAUUCUUUAACUGUAAUUCAAGGUUGCAAAAUUUAGUUUCUUUAUUGAUAAGUGGAACAGUUCCAUCUUCUGCCAAUUUUCCCAUAUCUCCUUGAAUAUAUUUCUGCAGCCUUAAAGAUUAUACCGGAAUAGUAGAGACUUCACAUACUUCAAGUUUUAUGGUAGUAGAGACCUGAAUAGCAGAGACUUCACACUCAACAAAGGAAAUGAUUUUAUCUGUAAAGACGAGUUUUAGAAAUGUAAGACUUAGCUAUUCGGCUCUUGUGUUGAAAUGUAAUCUUUAUUUAUACUUGUUUAAUUUAGUGUCAUGUUCUGUGUUUCUUUAUUGUAAUUAAAUAUACUCUAUGAUGCUCUA